AUGCCUAAAGUCUCUGAAGAAGCUCAGCUUCUUUCUGCUUUGCAGAAUGCCAAGCAACAUGCUUUGAAUAUCUUUAUUCAGCAUAAAAUUGCUGAAUUAAUUUCUGAAGUAGAAUUGCACCCUGAGGGGGGGGGGGCAUUACCUGGUGAUGAUUCUGAUUCCUCCCACUCUUCUUUCUCUUCUUCAUCUUCUGGUAUGGACAAUAUCAUCUUAGCUCAUACCACCAAUCUGUUUGCCAUUGAAGAUGUCAUCCUUUCUACUCGUGUUCUCACCUAUUGUCCUUUUGCCCCUUAUGUUUCUGUAUUUCAAUAUCUCCAUGAAUGGGCUGAAAAUAACUGUUCUAUCUUUCACCGUCUGAUGUGUACCUCUCCCUCUACUGUUUUUGAGAUUGUGUAG